AUGGUUGGCUGUAUUAGGAAACUACACAACAUAAAGUUUAAACCUCGCACGAUCACUUGUCGCAACUACAAACAAUAUAACAUUGCUUCUUUUAAAUCGUUCCCAGAUUAUAGCAAAUUUACAAACAUUAAUGAGGCAUGGGGUAACUGGAAGACAAAAUUUCUAUCAGCUGCGGAUAAACAUGCACCAUUAAUCAAUAAGAAAGUCAGGGGUAGAGAAACAGCAUGGAUAACCAGUAAAAUUAAGGACAGCAUGAGGGAAAGAGAUCACUUUCUUACUAAAGCAAGAUCGAGUAAGUCUGAAUUGGACUGGAAUAAAUAUCGAAAUUUACGAAAUACGGUUACGCGAGAAAUACGAAAAGCAAAAGGCCGGUACUAUAGAAACCUAUUGGAGGAAAAUCUUGACAAUCCAAGUAAAUUCUGGAAAGCCGUUAAAAAGCUUGUCCCAAACGAAAAGUCAUCUACCAAAGCUAGCACCACCCGAAUUAAGUAUGAUGAUAAAUUAACCGAAGACAAUUACACAACAGCUAACGCUUUCUGUAAUUUCUUUUGUAACCUGGCCAAACGAAUGAACAACGAAUUAAACGAUUGUUCCUGUACUCUAAAUAAUAUUAUUCACCAUGCCAGAUCUGUGAAUGUAUUUAAUUUUACUCCGGUGCUUCCCUCGUCUAUAUUAUGCCAUCUUAAAUCGAUUAAGGUAUGCAAAUCCAGUGGAAUUGACGCUAUCCCAGCAAAAUUACUACGAAACGCUGCAUCAGAAAUAUCUGUUUCCCUAACUGGUCUUAUUAAUCUAUCAUUAUUUCUUGGGAACAUCCCUGACGAAUGGAAAGUGGCGAAGGUGAUACCUAUUUACAAGUCCGGAACGCAUGAUAAUCCGGAGAAUUAUAGACCUAUUUCCAUCCUUCCAGUCCUUUCAAAGAUGUUGGAAAGAGAAGUGCAUACUCAGCUCUAUAGACAUAUUGAUAUUAAUAACCUACUUUCGCCAUUUCAAUGCGACUUUCGCAAGAACUAUUCUUGUGAAACAACUGUUACUUAUUUUACCGAUAAAAUGAGAAAAAAAACGCAGAUAGUGGACUUUUAA